AUGCCGGGACAGCCCUCCCAGUCUGUCAUCCAUUGUGCCCUUCGCGCGUACCCUGAGGAGGUGGCGAGACACCAACCCAGAACAGGUCACACCCACAGGAAACCCGAACAGAUGAACAGCGUUCCCUCACCUGUUGUCGGAGCACCCACUGGUGUCCACUCCCCCCAGUGUUGUGCACCGAGAAGACGGUGGCUCAGAGACUUCAAGGUUCCAGAACACAGUUUGAUGCACAGCGAUGGGCCACAUCCGACGCCUGUUCAGAGUCUGGAUGGAAAAAGUUGCUACAUAGAGGUGUCAAGAGGAGACAUAUUUCUGGCCCCUCAGGUGUACACUCCAUCUCAGUUCAAUGGAACUGACUUAAGGAAAGACCUCUUUGCCUAUAUGAACGGUGGGAGUCCCAACCCAAGAGGUUUAUACCCCAGUAGUAACCAGUCUCUAGAGCACUCUACUGCUUCCCAGGUCAGUGAAGUGGGUUUUCACAGUGACUAUGGACACAACAAUGGAUAUCUAAAUGGUCUGCUCAAUGGGGACCCCAACGGGCAUUUGCAUCUUAAAGGCAACAUCAGUGGCAGCUUAAUGCCUGACACAACAAAUGGCAAGAUGAGCAAAGAGGUCCCAGAUUCUGCUGAUAUCCCGAGCUCCAACCAGCGGUUCCAGAACCGAUCCAGAACUCAGCAUGCAAGGGAGCUGCUGUUGGGUCCGGGUCUAGGCUUCAAUUCCGGGCCGAGUAAGCUGAAGAAGGAGGGACAAACAUACCUCGGUGGUGUGUGUCAGAGCACUCAAGGCAAGGUAGAGCCAAAGAGAUUUCACAGAACACUGAAAAAUGAUUUGGAGGUACUGCACAAAGCAAGCAAAAUUCACCAAAGCAGCAUGGAGUUGAAGGGCUACCUCGAGGUUGCUAUAGAGGAUCCAGUGAGCGAGCUAAACAAAUUGACAGGCAACAGACACAGACAAGUCAAAGCCCAGAAACUCAAAAGGAGGAACAUACCCAGAUGA